AUGUUUCCUUACAUGUUUCUUCUCCUCAUUGGUCUCCCUUUGGCUGGUGGGAUGGAGAGUGGUAUUAUUGGAGGGAAAGAGGCUAUACCUUUUUCCAGGCCAUACAUGGCAUCAGUUCAGAGUGUUAAAUAUCACAUAUGUGGAGGGAUGCUGAUCAGAGAGAAUUAUGUUCUGACAGCGGCCCACUGUUUGAAAAACUUAUCUAUUCGAGGCAACAUUGAGGUUGUUCUGGGAGCUCACAUAAUCAACAAGGUGGAGAGGAGCCAGCAGAGGAUCCCAGUGAUAAAACACAUCCAACAUCCUUUGUAUAAAGAGAACAACGAGCAGGACUUCAGCUAUGAUAUCAUGUUACUAAAGUUGAAGAAGAAAGCCAAGCUGACUAGAUUUGUGAAUCUCACGCCCCUUCCUAAGAAAAAUGAAAAAACACCAGCUAAUGUUAAAUGCUCCAUUGCUGGUUGGGGGUUAAAAUCCCCAAAUGGAAACAAGGCAUCAAAUGUGAUGCAGGAAGUCAAGCUUAAACUGGAGGAGAACUCAAAAUGUGAAAGAAUGUGGCAGCAUUACUUCAACCCUGAGAUAAUGAUCUGCAGUGUUUCAGAUGGAAAACAUGCUUUUUGUGAGGGGGAUUCAGGAAGUCCUCUUAUCUGCAAAAAAAUACCACAAGGACUUGCUUCAUAUACCAUUAAGGGUGAUUGUACAAAUACAACAUAUCCUCAAGUUUAUGCUAAAAUCUCCUACUUCCUCCCCUGGAUUAAUAAAACAAUGGAAAUGAAUAAAUGAAUAAAUAAAUACAUAUAAAUUUUUUAUACAUAUAUUAAAUGUUAUAGUUUUCUCUUU